CAGCAUCACUAUGGAAUGUGGUAAUUCUUCAAAAUGGUCGCUUUGUAUGGUUUGCCAACUUGCAUGUCUGUGUUUUAGAGUUCUUUGUUUUCGUAAUUUGUUAAAUAUAGUCUAACGUUGAGGCCAAAACAUAUACUACUCUUUAUCGUACCGCAUAUGCAUGAAUUUAUAUCCUUUAUACAUAAUUGGUGGUGUGCAAGAAAGAUGUCAUCGGUAAUGUGAGAGCAUUCAACUAGCAUUUUUAUUUUACGGGAUUAUGACGUCUAUGAUUCCCAUUUGGAUUUGCAGAGAGUAAAGGAUAUCAGCUAUCAAUCUCCCGUUUUAAAUUCAGAAGAUUAUAAUGUCAAUACAAGUGAAACAUUAGACAAGCUAUAACACAGUAAAAAGUUUGGAGACUAUUAUUAAUAACAAGUGUGAUUCAAAUAUAUACAAAUGCGAACUGUGAGCGUGCGGUGUGGGAUGGCUAUGUGAUGGGCGGGGUGGGGUGAGCCGUGCGGCGCUCGGGCGCGGGCGCCAUGAACCCGCCGGCGCCCGGCAAGACGGCCACGCGCUCCUCAGGGUACAACCAGAAAGCGCUCGCCGAGAUACGUAACUCCCUCCUCCCGUUCGCGAACAUCGGGAGCUCGGAGCCCCCGGGCUCUUCCGCCGCCAGCACUGUAAGCUCUGGGGUCAGUUCCGGCUUCAGCUCAUCAUCAGGGAAUGGGCUGGACAAGGACUUGAGCGUGCUGCCACAGUCGCUUAAUCAGCUGAUAGCUCUGGGUUAUGAUGAGGAUCCAGCAGUCAAGGCACUCAAAUUCACUGGUGGUCGCUUUGAUGCGGCGCUCGAUUACCUUUCGAAGAAGCAGGAACCACUCAAUGGCGUGCUUAAAUCGAGUAAUUUAAGCGCUCUCAGUGCUAAAAUUAUAAGAAAGCCCAGUCUAGAGCGAGAGAUUAACCUCCACAGAGGGAGCCCAGCUCUAGACUCGGGCGCGGGCAGCUCGCGAUCGGACAGUCCCCGGCAGACCGACGCGCCACCGCUGCCGCACGAGAAACUCAGUCGUCAGUACUCGCCGUCGGGCUUCUCCGAGCCGCCUCCGCCGCCGCCGCCGAGAUGCCCGUCCACGCCGCCCGUGCCGCCCGCCGUGCAGCAGUACAUGAAGAACCGCAUCUCACCCGCGCCGCCGCUGCCGCCCGCGCGCGGCACCAGCCCCGUGCACGCCGCACCCGCGCCGCCCGCGCGCGCGCCCAUGGUGGUGCAGAACGGCCCGCAGGCGCAGCAGCAGUUCACGCAGCAGAUCCAGGCGCUCAACAUGUUCCCCGCGCCCGGCGCCGAGCUGCCGCCGCCCUACCCGCUCGCGGCGCCGCCGUCCUACACGCUGUCCAUGCAGAGCCGCCAGAGCCCCACGUCGCAGGACUACCGCAAGAGCCCCUCGUCCGGCGUGUACUCGGGCACCUCGGCCGGCUCGCCCAGCCCGGUCACGGUGACGCAGAGCGCGGCGGCGGGCCCGGCGCGCCCCACGCCGCUGCAAGCGUGGACGGCGCGCCAGGCCGUGCAGCCGCCCAUCAUCAUGCAGUCCGUGAAGAGCACGCAGGUGCAGAAGCCCGUACUGCAGACCGCCAUCGCGCCCGUGGCGCCGCCGCCCGCCGCGCCCGGCCCGCCGCCGCCGCCCUCCUACGCGUCCUCCAUCCAGCAGAAGCAGGCGCCUCCCAGCUACCCGCUGGCGCCCAAGCCCGCGUCCCCCGGCGCCGCGCCCGCCGUCGUGCCCACCACCGAGCCGCCCAGCUACGCCAUCACCAUGCAGGCGCUGGCGGCGCAGCGCGGCAUGCAUCCUGCACCGCCGCCGCCCUACGGCAACCAGGACUCCACCACCACCGUGGCCUCGCACCACUCGCCGCUGCACAAGAAGCUGCCGCACAACGGCGACGCGCAGCUCGAGCUCAAAUGCCCCAAUCAGAACUGCGGCCUGAUGAAGGACAGCGCGCCCUCCGGCUCCGACAAGAGCUCCAACGGCUCCACGGAGCGCAGACCGAAGGGCGCGCCCGACAAGAUCCGGCAUCAGUCGCCGAUCCCCGAGCGCAAGAACAUCAGCAAGGAGAAAGAGGACGAGCGGCGCGACUGCAAAGUUCGGAACUACUCCCCACAGGCGUUCAAGUUCUUCAUGGAGCAGCAUGUCGAGAAUAUACUCAAGUCCUAUAAGCAGCGGACGUACCGCCGCAUGCAACUGGAGAAAGAGAUGACGAAGAUCGGGCUCAGCGCCGAGGCGCAGGAUCAGAUGAGGAAGAUGCUAUCGCAGAAGGAGUCCAACUACAUCAGGUUAAAAAGGGCGAAGAUGGACAAAUCCAUGUUCAACAAGAUAAAGCCGAUCGGGGUAGGUGCGUUCGGGGAGGUGACGCUGGUGAGGAAGAUCGAUACUAGUCAUCUGUAUGCCAUGAAGACGCUGCGGAAGGCGGACGUGUUGAAGCGCAACCAGGUGGCGCACGUGAAGGCGGAGCGCGACAUCCUGGCGGAGGCGGACAACGAGUGGGUGGUGAAGCUGUACUACAGCUUCCAGGACAAGGACAACCUGUACUUCGUGAUGGACUACAUCCCGGGCGGCGACCUCAUGUCGCUGCUCAUCAAGCUGGGCAUCUUCGAGGAGGAGCUGGCGCGCUUCUACAUCGCGGAGCUGACGUGCGCCGUGGAGAGCGUGCACAAGAUGGGUUUCAUCCACCGCGACAUCAAGCCCGACAACAUCCUCAUCGACCGCGACGGCCACAUCAAGCUCACCGACUUCGGCCUGUGCACGGGCUUCCGCUGGACGCACAACUCCAAAUACUACCAGAGAAAUGACCACGGUCGACAAGACUCCAUGGACCCCGUGGACGGCGAGUGGGGUGCGAUGGGCGAGUGCCGCUGCCACCAGCUCAAGCCGCUCGAAAGGCGGCGCAAGCGAGAGCACCAGCGCUGUCUCGCUCACUCGUUAGUCGGCACGCCGAACUACAUCGCGCCGGAAGUGCUGCAGCGGACGGGCUACACGCAGCUGUGCGACUGGUGGUCGGUCGGCGUCAUCUUGUACGAGAUGUUGGUGGGCUCGCCCCCUUUCCUGGCCUCCACGCCCGCGGAGACACAGCUAAAGGUAAUAAACUGGGAAAGCACUCUCCACAUCCCAGACGCGGCCAACCUCUCGCGAGAGAGCAAGGACCUCAUCUUACAGCUCUGCUCCGGGCAGGAAACGAGGCUGGGCAAGGACGCCGACGAGGUCAAACACCACCCCUUCCUCCUCGGCAUCGACUUCGACAAGGGGCUGCGGAGGCAAGUGGCGCCCUAUAUCCCUCGAAUAGAGUACCCCACAGACACCUCCAACUUCGACCCCAUAGACCCGGACAAGUUGAGAAAUUCCGGCAGUUCAGACUCCAACAAGUCCGACAGCGAACUCCUCGACAACGGGAAAACUUUCCACGGCUUCUUCGAAUUCACCUUCCGAAGGUUCUUCGAUGAUGGCUACACGAACAAAAUCAAUCUUGACGACAACGACAACCAGGGCCCUGUGUACGUUUAAUUUGGUCGGAGGUUACUCGUUUGGGCUGGCAGCAGUUCAAACCGUGAUUGUUGAUAAUGAUUUGAGAUUGAUCAUUUAUUGCUGGGUCCAUAUCUUUUACCAUUUUGGUGUAUUUUGAGUUCUUUGCGAAAUCUUAACGUUGGAUAGAAUCAGGCGUUAUUUUGCGGAAGUUCAUGUUUAGCAAGAAACAGUUAAAAAUUAUUUUGCUAUAAUCCGCCAA